UGUCACAAAAGUACUUGUACAGUGUGGACUGUGUGGUGCUUGUGAAUUCGUCGGCUGCAUUCACACGAUUCACGUGUGUUAAAAGAAUUCAACUCUUAUCACAGCUAUUUGAUCCAAUUUCGUUGACUGCGAACAAGGAAGGAAGAAUACUCGGCCCACCCUGCGCCACGGGGUGGGGGAAGGUGAAAUAAAACGUCCGUUCUAACGCCCGUGAAUGAUAUCAAGAGCACUCAAUCCUGUUGUUUGAUCCACCUGCUCCUGACACAACGCAACUAUAGAAAUCAUCGCGUCCUGGUCGGUUGCUCGUUAGCGGCGGAGAAAAGACCUCGGUCGGGGGUGGCGACCGGGUGGUUUUGCCGGCAUUUAUAGCCGCCUAAGGCGCUCUCGCUCCGUGCAUCCUGUUCUUUGAUAAUUAAUCGGGCCGGGAAAUAUCAUAAAGCAUCCUGCACCCUACGAAAAUCUACUCAGCGUCCUCUCUCUGCUUUCAUAUUGUUUUACUAAUUACGUUAUAAUUUACAGUGCUUUCGGAAGUUAAUGAAAAUCGUCAUUUCGCCGCCUGUGCGCCUUUCCACGCCUUAGCAAUCGAAUUAGCGCCUUGGGCUUAGUGUUGCUGGAAUUCCUCCGAAUCGAGUGAGUGGGAGUGUAUUUCGCGAAGGACAUCCUAAUCGCAACUAACCUCUGAACUUUUGACAAAAAUCAGUGUAAAAAUCGAAUUCGUUAUUGGAAGCCCCGAAUGCCGGUUCGCUGCUCACGUUGCUGUCUUCUGCAAUAUUUGACACCCCCUCGAGUGCUUUUCGGUACUAUACUGCCAAGGUGCAUGCUGAACGGUGGCGCAAAGUGAGUCUAAGGAAUUCUCGCCAUAGUGACGAUCUCACCUAGAACAACAAACUGGAAUAACCUUUACGCUGUCUGGUUGGCACUGGUAACAUCAAUCAACUGGCGCCGAUACAUUUUGUUUUAGUCUGAGGCAAAAACGGAUCCAAACUUAGCUGUCAUCAUGGCCGACGACGAAGUCCUUUUCGACGAUGUCUAUGAACUCUGCGAAAUUAUUGGCAAGAACUCCAUACAAUUUAAUGUGAAUCCAAUCUACAAUACAAAGAUGACCACAAGGGGACCAUUUUCUAUUGUCAGACGAUGUAUUCAUAGAGAAUCAAAUCAACAGUUUGCUGUUAAAAUAGUUGAUGUAGCGAAAUUUACAGCGAGUCCUGGCCUUAGCACUUCAGAUCUUAAACGGGAGGCUACAAUUUGUCACAUGCUCAAACACCCACACAUCGUUGAACUUCUGGAGACAUACAGUUCAGAAGGGAUGCUCUAUAUGGUUUUUGAAUUCAUGGAAGGUUCCGACCUUUGCUUCGAAGUAGUUCGACGUGCCGUUGCGGGUUUCGUAUACAGUGAAGCUGUGGCGUGUCACUACAUGCGACAAAUUCUGGAAGCAUUACGAUACUGUCACGAGAACGAUAUCCUGCAUCGUGAUGUACGUCCUGCCUGUGCACUCCUGGCAACCGCAGACAAUUCGGCGCCCGUCAAAUUGGGAGGUUUCGGAUCCGCCAUACAGUUGCCUGGCGGCCGGGAGGCAGUCGAGACGCAGGACAGAUAUGAUUCACUUCGACGUAAUAUCACAAGACGUGGAAAACUUUAUUUAAAAACAGACGAUGAGGGUCGCGUUGGUUGUCCACAUUAUAUGGCGCCGGAGGUUGUUUCACGACGUCUGUAUGGAAAAGGAUGUGAUGUAUGGGGUGCAGGUGUUAUGCUCCAUGUACUACUUUCGGGGCGGUUACCAUUUCUUGGAUCUGGAAAAAGAUUACAAGAAUCGAUAGCACGAGGACGAAUAUCGGUUGACGCACCCGAAUGGAAAUCAAUUUCAACUAAUGCCAAAGAUUUAGUUACGAAAAUGCUUUCACCAAAUCCACACAAUCGGCCGACAAUAUCAGAAGUUCUCGAACAUCCUUGGAUACGAGAUCGUGACAAGCUACAACGACAACAUCUGGCCGAGACCGUUGAAGAGCUGAAACGAUAUAAUGCACGAAGGAAAUUGAAAGGAGCUGUUCAAGCGAUAGCUGGCGGCAUUGCCAUGGACCCACUCUAUGGCACGGAUACAGAUACAAUGCCAAUUGGAACAGCUUCCGAGAGCCUUAAUGAGUGGGCCGACGAAGAAGCCGGCUUGGAAGCUGUGCAACGUAUCCUAGACUCGUUAGAUGACAUUUAUGCCCUACAAGAUGCCUUUGUAGAUCCUGAAGUGCUAAGAGACAUGUUACGAGAUGUAAAGCUUCAUGCAUUGUUACAACUGUAUGAUCGCAUUAGUUGUACAGUUAUGUCACCAUCUAGAGCACCUCCAGGCGAUGCAGUAUCACGAUGUCGUGAUGCAAUAGAUGCCAUCUCAUCUUCAUCCGGGCACAAGAACAUCAGGGAAAAGUCAGAAUUGAUGCAGCUGCUUUCGCUUCCACACUUACAGGUGAGUACAUUAGAGAAAUUAUAUAACUGUAAAGGGGGUAAGAUUAAAAAGGAUUUCGUGGUGCUAAUCGGCGCUGGAUACUGCCAGAUCUUUCCAGCUAUACUAAAAGAAUAUAAAUGA